UACAGUCAGCUAAAAUGCAAAAUAUAGUUAUAAUAGUAUUACUUUCUUCAAUUGCUUGUACAUUUACCCAAAAUUUACAAUGUGUAUCAAAUACUAGAUACGUUGUUCCAGACCUCAUCGCUAAUUGGUACAAAGCAACGGAGCACUGUAACUCCUUCGGAAUGCGUUUGGCUGUCAUCACGUCACCGGAAGAAGGCGCCUUAGUUCUCGAAGCGAUCAAAUCCUGGCCCCAAUAUGAUUCAACAACCAAGAAUUUUUGGAUCGGUGGCAGUGAUCUUGCAGAGCAUGGUGUAUUCUAUUGGCAGCCAACUGGAAACCGCUUUGGUUAUACUAACUGGAAAUAUGGUCAACCGGAUAACACCAAUGGCACCGAACAUUGUGUGGAAAUCAGAUACUUACCCAUCGAAAAUGAGUUGGAUUGGUACUGGAACGAUCGGCAGUGUGAUGUGAAAAACCCUUUUGUGUGUGAAAAUUUAGAACCGAGAAGAGUGGUUGUGAUGUUCUAGUUUCGCAGUGAUAUUGAUUAUCGAAGCUCACAGAAGAUAAAAGAAAAAGUGGAGACUAAACAUUUUUAAACGGGUACACCGCGCAGUGUCCAUUGAUUUGUUUUGGCUGGGUUCUUAUCUUUAUCGUUGGGUACAAAAAAAAACUCAAUACAAUCUUUU